AUUGAACUAUUCUGCGCGCACUGUGGAAAGCGAUUAGGUGACUUCAUAAUUAUAAGGUAACGAGUUUACUCCAUUUUUAGAUAAACUAUGUGCACAAUUAGCAAUGUUAAGUCACUGUGUGUUUGCUGACUUUUUAAAAGUAAAAUCAACUUGUUGCUUUAAACAUUUACUCAGUUGUUUUGUUAAAGUAAGGUAACUAAUCCCUUUUACAGCGUGUGCACAAUUAUAAGGUGAUGCAUGAUGAGCAGAUCUGUGCUUUUAUUUCCCAUCAGUCAGAUUGCGUCAUGCAUCAGUCUGCGCUGUCCUGUCAUGUGUUUGGUGUGGAUGCAUCGCAUUGCUGCGGGUCACUGGGACAGGGGUCACUCCUCGGACUUGGAUCCACACAGCCGCGGCUCGACGUGGCACUGUAAGUGUAGUAUGUUUAUUUGUUCUGGCUAAUGAUCAACUCCUGCGGGUCUAUAUAUAUUUAUCUAUGUAUGUGUGCAUGUGUUAAUCCACCCUCCCUCAGGCGCGCGCGUAACAGCCAGAGCGCACACGAGGCGCGUCAUCUAAACGUGUGACGGUAACUUUUGAUGGAUUACUCCACCUGUAAGUGCUCAGGUGCAGCUCACUUCUCUGCAUCCAUCUGCUAGUGCGCGUCUCUCUCCAAGACUGUCCCGAACUCAAGCAAGCAGAACAUGCAUUUACUUUCGUGUCUGAAUCUAUCCACGCUGGUGGUGCUGUGCGCGUUGGCAGAUUCAGGAGCGCGCGCUGCCACUACGGGCUGUCCGACGUGCGGUCUGCCGGCGAUGGAGAAGGGCUCGGAGCAGCAGUACCUGGUGGAGAUCGCCAAACAGCAGAUCCUGAGCAAACUGCACUUGCGGGAGAGGCCGAACAUCACGCAGACGGUCCCGCGGGCGGCGCUCAUGACGGCGCUACGGAAGCUCCACGCGGGCCGCAUCCGACAGGACGGAACCCUGGAGCUGGAGAACAACCUGCCGAACUCGCGCUCCAGCAACCAGGCCUACGAGAUCGUGAGCUUCGCUGAUAUCGACGGCGAUCUCCCUAACAGCAUCGACACCAGUCUAUCCUUCCAGUUCCUGCAGGAGAAAGGCCACAGCGUUCAAGUCCUGCAGUCCUCAUUAUGGCUGUACCUGCGUCCAUCUGAAAGCAGCCGCAUCAGCGCAGAAAUAUACCUGUCGGACAGCACAAACCGAACCCUGGUCCUGCAGAGGAGCGUAGACGCGGCGCGGGGCGGAUGGCACACCUUCCCCGUCACAAGCACACUGCAAGCAUUUCUGGACGGCGGACAGCGGCGUCUGCGUCUGGAGGUGCAGUGCCAAGAUGCAGGACGAAACCUGUGCAAGAAAGAGCCGACAGAAGACUCGUCCCAUCAGCCGUUUCUAGUAGCACAAGUGCGUCUGCGUGAAGAUCCGUCCAAACACGCGCUCAGCAAACGCUCCCUGCGCUGCGGCGACGACGUGACCGUGUGCUGCAAGAAAGACUUCUAUAUUAAGUUUCGAGACAUUCAGUGGCAGGACUGGAUCAUUGCUCCUGAGGGCUACCACAUGAACUAUUGCAUGGGUCAGUGUCCGCAGCAUUUAUCCGGCUCUCCCGGCAUCGCUUCCUCAUUUCACGCUAGUGUUUUCAGCCAGCUGAAAGCGAACGGUAUCAAUACCGCGGUGUCGUCCUGCUGCGUGCCCAUUCAGAGACGCCCGCUGUCUAUGGUCUACUUUAAUUCACAGCACACUAUUGUGAAGACCGACGUGCCGGAUAUGAUUGUUGAGUCGUGUGGGUGCACAUGAAUACUGCUCAUGUGUUUUUUGGGAUUAUUUAUAGUUGAAGAGUAAAUUAUUAAUGUGAAAUUUAAAUGCAGAUAUUUCCCUAAGUGCUGUUCUGUUCUGUUUCAUCAAGCUAAUUGCUAAUGACUAACUUCUCUGAUAUUUGCCGUGAUGGCAGUGCAUCCUAUUUUACUAGUUGCUUUGCAACAUACUUAAGUGCAAUUUAAACGCUUAACUAGUUAACUAUAGUAAUUAACUUAUUUAUUUAGGUAAGUGGUUGCAAACAAUUUAUAUGGGCUGAAUUUAAACAGACAUUACUAAAUCUAAUUUGUUAGCCCAUAUUAAUUGUUUGCAAUCACUUACCUUAAACUAAUUAGUAAAUGCAAUGCAUCAUUUUGUUCAGUAUAGGUUUAAUAGGUUAACACCCCAUUCACACGGGGCUUCAGCGUCAACGCUUGACUGAAGGUGUGUCUGGAGUUGGGGCUGAUGCGAUCGUCAUAGCAGCGUCAG